AUGACUAACAACUACCAAACUGAAUCGGUAUGUUUAUCUGAAAUUUGAAAUUUUUUCGAAAAAAUUAUAUUUUUCAGUAUGCGUUGAAGUCGAACAGAAAUCAAUUGCUCUUGAACAAUUUUUGUGUUUUCGGUAUACAAAUGUCAUGUUUCAUGUUUUUCUGUCGUGAAUCUUAUAAUCAGAAAAGUGUCAUGUUUUUGACUUUUGUGAGUUUUAAAAUUGAAAAACAUAAUUUUUCACAAGACAAUUUUUUCAGGCCCUGAUCCAAGCUAUGAUUUCGACCAUGUUUGUUCUUCGAAACGAAAUAUGCAUCGCAUUUCAUCACAAACUUCAAUCAUAUCUUUUUCACUAUACGUGUUUUAUCAUUUUGAUAAAGUGUAUUGGAUGUAAGUUUGAACUGGCUCAAAUGAUGAGCACAAUUUUGAAAAGCUUCGAAAAAUUCAAUAUAACUUCUUCUGUGUUUCAGAUGCGUACGCAAAGAACUUCGACAUCUUCCCGUAUUUUGUACAAGAACCGGACUACGCUCUCAUUUUGGUUGUACAAUUCUAUUACACUGACUGCGUUCGCGAUUAUUUCAAACAAAAAUUGUAUUUUACUACCCAGAAAACUUGGCGCUUUUUUUAA